CGCCGUACGGGCGACGACCACGAGGGAAGAGGAAGCGCCGCCGCUUCUCGCCGUCGCGCGAGCCGACGCGACGCGACGACGAGCGCCUGUCCGUCCGUCGAGAGCUUUAGUCCGCGUCCGCACGUCGACUGAAACACGCGACCCACGUCCACCCGGUGUAGUGUGCGCGGCUUCCCUUCUUCCUCCUGUCACUCAAGCUCGUCCUGAAGGAACGGCCAAUACUACCGUAUCAGAUAACAGAGUCUCUCCUUUCCCCUGCCGUUCUCCGCUUUUGUCUUUCCCUUUCUCUCUCCCCCUCCCUCUCUCUCUGCCUUCCUUAGCCUCUCGUCGUCCUACUCGCGCCAGUUAUUUGAUAGUUUUUCUCGUUUCCGCUCCUUCGACGAAUGCCUCGCGAUCCUUUCUGAGAUAGAUGGAGGAGAGGAUGUUUCGGGCGCGCGGGAGGAAGAUUAAGACCGCCGGAAAUUCGGGAUGUAAUAUCCGGCGGCCCUAGUUACACGUACGGUGUGUGCGCGCCAGUCAGUUUUCCUGCCUUCGAAGUCGGAGCAGCCUCGAUACAAGCCGGAGUAACGGAGGACGCUCGAGAGAUUUUGGAUUCGAUCGGAGGAUUUGCUCAACGAAGAGUUUCAGUGCUCAUCGCCAAAGAAUACAAGACUCGUUGCCAAACUCGUGCCACGUGACAAUCGUCGUCGUCACCACUUCAGAUCUGUUCCUCUUUAGAAGCUUUAGCAUGCGUUAACGAAGACACACGACGCACAACUUCACUAUUAAAAAGUACCAGAUUUCUAAUGAGACCUCCGUCAUAAGAAUUUCUUGAGGUCGGAAACAAAGUACAGAUUUACUUCGCGAAGGGGCGAAGAGUCGGCGAGCGAGGGACGCCAUGAAGAGACUUGCCUUCGGCGGAGCGAAGUGAUCUUCGAGGAAACGAGGAAGCGAGGGCGGAUUCGAAGCGUCGGGUCGGGCGAGUCGGGCCGGCGACGGGCCCGAUCGGUGUGAUGGUCUCGGGGUGGUGCCCGUGCGUGCCACUAGGGCGUCGGCAAACGUCGGCCCAACAGCAGCAGCAGCAGCAACAACCACCGUCAUCGUCCAGGGCGCCGUUCACCGUCAGCGGCGCGACCGAUCGCGCGGACAUGGUGCAAAUGUUUUACUACGAGAACCGCGGCAAGUGUUGCAAGAAGCUGCUCAGAUACAACGGAUACCCGAACAAGGUUCUUUUGUUCCCCGAGGAGGGCUGGGCGAGAAGCGCGAGUAGUUCCUACUGGACCCUGACGCCGUUCUGGUGGAGCCGGAGCCGGUGCAAGGUCGUGGAAGUCGCCGGGACAAGAAGGUAUAGUACUCAGGCGAAGAUGGUGGACACGGGUACGGGCACGCUUUACAUUAUCGGCUCGUUCAAGAGGAUGACCACCGAUCCCGAUUUCAAGCUGUACCUGACGUCGAACGUCUCGUCGAGCGACUUCAACAUGGGCUAUAGUAUGACGGGCACGCUGGAGCGCGGCUGCAAGAAGACCAACUCCUUCCAGAUGACCCACUUCGCGGUGAUACGGCGGCGGGACUACGAGAAAGCGUACGAGGACCCGAAUCCCACCUAGUGUCCGUCCACACCCACGCUCUCCGAGUGUGGGGACUGCGAGCAUUACACGUAGCUAGGGGG